AUGAAACAAAGUAUUGAGUUCGCAUGUUUUAUCAAAAUUUUUAUGUUUAUCAUUUUAAUUUGGACGUGUCAUUUUUACAGUAACAUGAGCACGUUUAACAAAAUUUUGCACGAUAAGUAUAGUUCUGCUGAAAAAUUAUAUAAAAGAGUUUAUCGAUUAUUAGGAAUUUAUACAGACGAUAUUUAUCCAUAUGUUGGAGAUUUAGAAUUAAAGAUACUAUAUAAUAAAAAAAAAAAAAACGAAAAAUUAAUUACAAUUGAUAAUGAAAAAUGGGACGAAGAAAAAAAAGAAAAAAUAUAUAAAAUCUCAUUAAUUAAAACAAAAUUAAUUAAGCGACUUAUGAAAAAUAGAUGUACCAUGUUUCAUAAUUCAUAUAAGCACUAUGAAAAAAAACUUGAUGAUAAAGUUUUUUUAAAAAAAAUGAUAUUAAUUAUGGAUAAGGAUUACAAAAAAUUAAAACGUAGAAAAUACGGAUUAAGGCUUUUUAUAUUAUUCCUGUGAUUCGUGGUGGUAUUAAUGAUACCUAUAUUAGAUUUAUCCAUUGAUCGUUUAUUGAUUUUAUUAUAUCAUUUAUUAGAAUAUAGUGCACCAAAUGGUUCAGAAGCUCCGUCAUCUGGUCCUGUAGGCCCGGCGAAUUCUUCAUGGUCUUCUUAUUUUCCACAAAAUCCUUUUGUACUAUACAAAGCCUGCAGUAUUUUAAUCUAUUGUGUACCAGUCUUACUAUUGAGUAUUAUACUUAUAGUAUGAAUUUUUUAUUAUUAUAAAAAAGUUAUAAAACAUAAAAAAUUAAGUCAUUGGAGGCAUUCAAUGAAUGUUAAGGAAUGCGUUUAUUUUUAUAAAAAAGCCUUUAGUGUUAUAUACUACAUGUAG